GAGGACUAGGACUGGACGGGGACCCGAGGAGGACCAGACUGAGCCUUUCCCUCUGAACAGACCAGCUUCACCGAUCAGGCCGUCAUGUCGCUGUGGAUGAUCCUCCCCGUCAGCCUGCCGGUCUUCACCAUCACCGGGACCUGGGUGGUAUACACCAUGGCGCUCUACAACCAGCACGUCUGCCCCGUGCAAAACUGGCUUUAUAACGAGUCGUGUGUAGAGCAGCGGGGCUCGGCGCCGUGCUGCACGCUGGACCACGUCCCGCUGAUCAGUAAAUGUGGAGCUCUGCCACCGGAGAGCUGCUUCUUCAGCCUCAUAUGCAGCACAGGAGCCUUCCUUGUGAUGCUGAUCGGCCUGCUGCGUUACGCUCACGUCAUCCAGAAGCACCAGAACUGCGUCCUGAACACGGCCGGCCUGUCCACCGGCUGGACCUGCGCCGCCGGCCUCAUCAUGGUGGGAAACUUCCAGGUGGAUUUUGCUAAAGUGCUCCACUACGUGGGCGCCGGCGUGGCCUUCCCGUCCAGCAUGCUGUUCGUCUGCCUCCAGGCGGCCCUGACCUACCGGCUGGCCUCCACCCGGGCCGAGUACCGGCUGGGCCACCUCCGGGCGGGCCUGGCCCUGCUGGCGCUGGUCGCCCUGGUGCUCAGCGGAGUCUUCUUCUGCCAGGAGAGCUUCGCCCUGCAGCACGCCUCCGCCAUCUUGGAGUGGCUGUACUGCAUGCUCAUCAUGCUCUUCUACGGCACCUUCGCCUUCGAGUUCGGAGGCGUGUCGGCGGACACGCUCAUGGUCCUGUCCAGAGGCGGCGGCCCGCACGGCUUCUCCAAGCACAAGGCGGAGGCGGGCGGAGAGAACUUCUCCAUCCUGUAA